CGAAAGACCUUCCCAGCCCAUGCCUCUGUGCGUGAGCACUCCCUCCAGCUGCUGCCCUUGGGCACCCAACGGGCCAGCAGAGCCUAGGAGCGGGGAUUUCCAGGCGCAGCGCUACCGCAAAGGGUGCCUGUCUGCCUGCUGUCUGUCCAAGCACUGUAGCUUCAGCACAGCCUCCGCCGCUGUCCUGCCCGCUCCUGCACCGGGGGACUCGCGUCUGUGUGUCCUGCUCCAGGCUGCUCCCCUGCGCUCGACCACCGUGGCAGAGGCGGCAGAGCACGGAAGGACUCAGCCCGCCCUCGUCGGCCGCCGCCGGCCGAGCCCCGCCCCGGCCCGGCCCCAGGCGGGGCGCUCCCCAGCUGACCGGCGGGCGGCGCCGCCUCGCUCAUGUGACGCCGCGGGAGCUGCUGCCGCCGCCGUUUGCGCUUCUGCUGCCGCCAUGGCUCUGUCUCCGCUCGCCCUGCUCCUGGCCCUGGGCGCCGCCGCUACUGCCCUGGCCGAGCCCCUCCGCUUCGUCGACUGCGGUUCCAUAGACGGCAGCAUUCAAGAGGUGAACGUGAGCCCCUGCCCCACGCAGCCCUGCCUGCUUCACAAGGGGACCUCCUACAGCAUUAACGUCACCUUCGCCAGCAAGAUAGAGAGCCAGGGAAGCAAAGCGAAGGUGUACGGUGAGAUGAUGCACGUGGAUGUACCCUUUCCCAUUCCUGAACCUGAUGGAUGCAAGUCUGGGAUCCAGUGCCCAAUUAAGAAGGGCCAUUCCUACAGCUACCUGAAUAAACUCCCUGUGAAGAGCGAGUAUCCCAGUAUUAAACUGAUUGUUAAGUGGGAGCUUGUGGAUGACCAAGACCAGAUGCUAUUUUGCUGGAAGAUACCAGUGCAGAUCACCAGCUGAGGAGACCUGCUGUUAGGCAGGGCUCAGGGAGGGAGAAAACACAAGACAACACAGGCCAAAUUUUUUUAUAUAAUAAGCAUUUCUUACUGUUUCCUUCAGAGCUCUUCAGCCUCUGAGCAGCCAGUACUGUGCUCCUACAAGGUCAGCCAGGGGCAGAGGGCCUUUUACCCUCUUGGCUGUUCUCCCAGCAGCUCAACAUGGAACAGUCUGCUGCAGAACUGACUGAGCAUCAUCCUCUAGCUGCUCUGCAGAGGUGCUUUAGCUAUUUGAAAUGGAGUUGUCUGUCUUCAUAAAGGAAUUUCUCUGUGAUGCACUUGGCUGGUGUCUGAGCUGCUACCUUGUAAUCCUUCAGUGCCUUUUCUAGAUUGCUGAGUCCACCCUCCUGCACUUCUGCUCUGUCACAGCUGGAAUGCCCCUGGCACCUGCGUUCACCAUUCACACAGCUGAAGUAGAGGACACUUUGCCUGAGUUGGCAGCCUGCUCUGUCCUGGGUGCCUGCUUGAGCCAGUAGGACUGCAGCUGGGAAAACAUCUUUUUGUGGAUGCAAAGCCAAAGGGCCUUCAACAUUUUUGCAGGGAUGAUUCUUUCUCUAACCAAUGGUUUGCACUACUACUCAAUGGGAGCUGCUGGGAGCUCCUAAACCUCAUUUUGUAAUUUUCCUUUUAAUAAAGGCUAGAAAAAAAAUCUGCUUGUCUUCUGUGGGUGGAUAGAAGCAGGAGGGAAAAGCAGAGUGGCCUGGCAUCUUCCCGUUGGUGUUGGGCUGGUCUUGCUUCUCAAGAUGGGGGCAUAGACUGAGGUAGUAUGCUGGCUUGAACCUGGGUAUCCAGCUGGCAAUGUCUGACUCUGUGCCUGUUCUGCUGGUCCUAUGCUGGCCUAAAAUGGCGCAAAGGCUACUUAAGGAGGUGGUGGUGUAGACCAUGGCCUUGCUUGCUGCAGCCUUUUUUGUAAGGCAUUUUUAGUAAGGGCUUCUGGGCUGGAAAAGCAGCUCCCAGGCCUGCCCCAAG